AUGGCACCCCCACGUCAACGUCCAGCGACAACAGUGGCGGGAAAUACAAUUGACGACUCUCGCUCGGAAGCGUCUAGCAGCACACUAACUGGGCAUCAAUCCCGAGGUGUCCCUGGCCCAAAACCUAGAAAGGUCGGCGUUGCUGGUGCUACAGGAAGUUCUGCUACUUCGAAGGAACUCAAAGUCGCUGCGGCUACGGGUGCAGCAGCCGGAAUUGGAGGAGGAGUAGUCGAAUAUGGAGAUGUGAUGAGGGAUGAAUUGCCUGGUAUUCCCUGGCCCCAAAUGCCACUCUCCAUCCUCCACGACUACAGACACGCAUACAAGCUAUCAACCCCAAGCGCAUACGCACGCCCCAUUUCAAAAAUCAUGUUUGCAGCUGGUAUUGGUUACCGGUCGCCAACUGCAAUUGCCGCUCGUAAAGCCACAUCCUCUACAUCUUCGUCUUCGUCCUCGUCCUCGUCAAAAGUCCUGCACAAAAUCAACAGCCAAGACCGCGUCGGAAAAGAGCAGCUUGCGCUUGCGGUUAGGAAACAUUUCAAUGCCGCUGGACUCGUGGAGCAGGACGCUAUUGCUAGGUUUUUGUACAAGGUGCGCGAGGAGGGCAAAGGGAGGGAGUUUCGGUUGAGGUUUCAGCCUUGA